AAUAGUACACAUUUAGACACGGUGAUAUACGUGUCGGUUCUCCUCGCAAUCAAAUGGGUAAGUGCCGUAUAGUAACCGCGGUGAUAUUCGCUAUUGUCGCCGCCGUGAUAUACAGGAAGGUAGUGAACGUCCUUUAUGAAAUACCGCCCUUGCCUAACCUGGAGGACACCUGGUGGGGCCCUAGGGAACCGUCCAAAGAGGACACCGAGAUAAGGCCGUUCAAGAUCAGUGUUUCUGACAAUGUGCUCAAAGAUCUUCAGCAAAGACUAUCGAACGCGUUACCAUUUCAACCACCGCUAGAAGGCGUGAAGCAAAAUUACGGUAUAAACACCAACCUUUUGAAGGACAUAGUCGAUUUCUGGCGCACCAAAUACAACUGGAGGGAGAGAGAAAAGUUCCUGAACCAGUACCCCCAGUUCACAGUCAGCGUACAAGGGUUGAAAAUCCACUACUUGCACGUCAAGCCGAAGGAAACCAAAGGGUUGAAAGUUUUACCCUUGUUACUCCUCCACGGGUGGCCUGGGUCAGUCAGAGAGUUCUACGAGUUGCUUCCUCUGCUCACGAAGCCACAGAAGGGCAGGGAUUUUGUUUUUGAAGUCAUAGCGCCUUCUCUUCCAGGUUAUGGUUUCUCAGAGGCAGCAGUUCGGCCCGGAUUGGGUGCUAUCCAAAUGGCCGUCGUCUUCAAGAACUUCAUGAAGCGACUGGGCUACGAAAAGUACUAUAUCCAAGGAGGUGACUGGGGAGGUGUCAUAGUACAACACAUCGCUACGCUGUUCCCGAAAAAUAUUAUAGGGGUACAUUCCAACAUGUGCUCGACCCUGACUCCCUUAGCACAGCUGAAAACGAUAAUUGGAAGUUACUUCCCCUCCCUUGUCAUCAGUGAAGAGAGCGAACACAAAUUGUACCCCUUAUCGGAAAAGUAUUUAUAUUUGGUCCUUGAAACCGGGUAUCUGCAUCUGCAAGCGACGAAGCCAGAUACAAUUGGCGUUGCUCUACGGGAGAGUCCAGUGGGUUUGGCGGCAUACAUCUUGGAAAAAUUCACCACCUGGACUAAUCCCGCUUGGAAAGACUUGGAAGACGGCGGUCUCACUAAGAAAUACUCUUUGACUAACCUCUUGGACAACGUGAUGAUAUACUGGGUGACAAGAUCUAUCACGACGUCGAUGAGACUGUAUUCUGAAACGUUGAACAAGGCGCAAUUCGGAUUGCAAGUAGACAAAAUUCCUGUGGAAGUUCCUGCAGGUUGCGCGAAGUUUUCCUAUGAACUGGCAUACCAACCCGACUCUAUCCUAGAAGUUAAAUACAAAAAGCUUGUUCAUUCCGCUGAAUACGACGGCGGACACUUUGCGGCUUUUGAAGUACCAGAAACACUAGGGGAAGACGUUUACAUAUUUGUUGAUAAAGUCGAAAAACUGAAAUAGACUGAAAUUUGUAUUUUUUUUACUCAAAUACAUAUUUACUUGUU